CUCUCCACAGUAUGGCCGGCGAUAUUAGCUAGCACUCGCUAACGGUAUUCUCUGCAAAAGGGAAGACGGUAACUCAAGAAAAUCACCACCUGGAUUGCUUAAAGGACUGUACCUCAAUAAAUUAUAACCGAUCUAAGAAGGAUUAAUCAAGUUGUAAACAUUACAACCGAAGUUUAAUAUUUGUUGCUGGGUGUCUGUUGUCUCAUGAUGGAAGAUAACGGUGCACAUUUCUUCGAGGGGACCGAGAAGCUGUUGGAGGUGUGGUUCUCUCGACAGGAUGAGACCAAAGGAACCGGGGACCUCCGUACCAUCCCAAGGUUUGAGUGGGACAAACUUCUGGAGAAUGUGCAUUGUUUGAUCAUAAGUGUGACAAAGUCUGACAAGCAGGAAGCUUAUAUACUCAGUGAGAGUAGCAUGUUUGUCUCCAAGAGACGUUUCAUUUUGAAGACGUGCGGAACCACCCUCUUACUGCAAGCACUGGUGCCUCUGCUGGAACUCGCCAGGGAGUACUGCGGCUUCGAUGCCAUCGAGAAUUUCUUUUACUCCCGCAAGAACUUUAUGAAGCCAACCCAUCAAGAGUUCCCUCAUCGAAACUUCCAGGAGGAAGUGGACUUCCUCAGCCAGAUUUUCCCAAAUGGUGCAGCCUACUGUAUGGGACGUUUGAAUUCUGACUGCUGGUACCUGUUUACCCUGGAUUUACCAGAUUACUGGCAGAACAAGCAUGCGGACCAGACGCUGGAAGUUCUGAUGAGUGACCUCGAUCCAGCCAUUAUGGACCAGUUCUAUAUGAAAGAUGGUGUUUCUGCAAGUGAUGUCACUCGUAUGAGUGGAAUUCGUGACCUGAUACCAGGUUCUGUGAUCGACGCCACACUGUUCAACCCUUGUGGAUACUCAAUGAAUGGAAUGAAGACUGACGGGACUUACUGGACCAUCCACAUCACCCCGGAGCCGGAGUUCUCCUACGUCAGCUUCGAAACCAACCUCUCCGAGACCUCGUACGAUGAUCUGGUCAGUAAGGUGGUGGAGGUGUUCAAGCCGGGGAAAUUUGUGACUACGCUUUUUGUCAACCAGAGCUCUAAAUGUCGUAGUGUCUUUACUCCUGCCCAGACGAUGGAGGGCUACAAGCACCUCGACCGCCAGUUGGCUCAAUUCAACGAUUACAAUUUCGUCUUCACUAGCUACGCCAAGAGCCGCCAGCAGAACCAGCAGAGCUGAGGGUUUAGGAUGAAGAAGAGGCGUAAAAAGAGAGGUGGCCGCCCGGGGCGCCCCCCCGGUGGCCGGCUUCACCCCCCUGUAGAGAGCUUGCCCUCUUCCUCCCCCCUCCUCUUCCCCUCCCGCCCCGCCUGCUGCUGCUGUCGCCGUUUCAGAUCUCCGGGUGCUGGCGCGGCCGCGAGCCCUAGUUCAUCCUCCAGUUUGAGUUGUUCGCAUUGUUGUCCCUGUGACUUAGAUCUCUUGCAUGGAAGCUCUUUUCUCCGUUUCGAUAUCCUAGCUCACUCUUGCUGUGAUCUUGAAGUGCAUGUAGAGGAAUUAGACACACUCUGUUUGAGGCUGUCCACCUGUGCCCAGUACAACGUUCCCUUCCUGCAGGUCUCCCCCCUCAUCCCCCACAGACAAGGCUUCCGCCCGCACUAGGCCGGGGCCCUGACAUGCUCAGACCAGUCUGCCUCUUAACCAUCCUAAGUUAGACCGGACCCCGCUCUGCCUUCCAAUCUGCUGUCCAAUUUGACUUUUGGCAUUUAUGAAUUGCAACCAAUUUUUGAGUGCACUUUAAAAA